UUACAUUACAGAUAACGCAGAAAAAAUUAUAUAUACGCACGUAGAAACGUAGAAUAGCGGUUUGGUAGGUGCGCGGGUGUGUAACAAUCGAAGACACGCAUUCAGUGGAGCAAUUUGCUUCAAAAAGUAAAAUUUUUUUAAGUGGGGGAAGAUGACCCAAUUGUUCUACUUCAAACGUUAAUUACUGUCUAGACAUGGUUAUUUAUCGAUAAACGUGAAAAUAUGUUUUCAACAAAAAUUGUUCUUUACUAUUACACUCAUCAAUGUGUUUUAAGAACGAAGUUAAAAAAGUAUUAAAAACUAAUAUAUUUUAUGCGAUAUUAAGUGAAACUAAAAUGUCUACAAAAAGAACAAUCGUAAAAUAGUAAUUAUUUUCCAAAAAAAUAGCGUCUUACUUUAACGAAUCACCUUCUAGAUCGAGAUUUGAAUUUCCAAUGUAGUGCAAGGAUAUCAGCAUCAUUAAGAAUUCGACCGACUAACUCAUCCUUCGCUCUUGACAUUCUCUCCACAUUUAAUUGAAUGAUUCUUGUAUUACUUUUUGUACCCUUUUUUUACCAAUAUCACAAUUAUUAAUCGUCGUUGUAUAUACAGUUUUUUCGUUGUUUACAUUUUUUUGAAUAUUUUUUUUUAACAUGUUGCCCUUAGUCAAGGUAGCGCUGAAAAGACCUUUUUACGAUCUGGCUAAAUGUUCUUAGACCUAAAUGUUCUUCUCUUCGCUUCAUACCGUUUUAUUACUCACUGUUUCAUAAGUUACAAUCAUGUUUUGGAGGCGUCUUGAUAUUUUUAUUGGAAAAUAGUUCAAAUUUGUGCGGGAUAUAAAAUAAAAUAAAAUAAAUUCCCGAAAAGUAUGAAAAGUUGUUAUUUUCUUUGAUUUUUUUUGUGGGUAUAUUUAGGGAUUUGACCCUGAAAAUUUGACUGAAGGUAGAUCUUAUUAUUUUUAACAAAUAAGUGUGUCGUUAGCGCUGAAGAUUGCAACAUUGUUACACAGUGUAUUAUAAUUUUUUUUUUUUGUUAGGGGUUUAAAUAUUAAUUUCCUUAUCCAAUUGUAGAAUGUCAUUUUUUUACAGCCAUUGAUUGUAGAACAACUAAUUUGCCAUCAAUGAAUAUUUCAGGUCAUUAAUCUCAUUAGUUACCUAUAACCAAUUGGGUUGCAAACAUUAUAAUUACACACUCAAUAUCUGAAUUACUAGGUUAUCAAAUUAUGUUCGUAUAAAUAAUACCUUAGUUGAAAAUACUAAUACAAAUUUUCUAACCAUUAAUCAGGUCGUUGAAAUGAUAAAAAUUGUGUUUUAAUCAAUAACAAAUACAGUCUAUAAAAUAAAUUACAAAUUCAAGUGAUUAUCAUUAUAACAUUUAUAACAGUUUAUAAUUAUGACGUCAUAGGAACUAAACAAUGGUUCUUAUUCCUUUCAAUGUACUCCGCAUUUGUGUUGAACGAAUUGAGUCUUUUUGCCUGUACUAUAAUUUUACAACGGAGAAUAAAUUAUUUUUUUCAUUUCCUUACCAUAAUUUUUGUACUUAAGCAAUACCUUGAUUCCAAAAACCUUGAUCGAAGGACAGUUUGAACGAUCAUAGUAAUUAUUUUGCUCUGCGUCUACGUUAAUAAGUACAGCUGUUCACGUCAGUCACAAUGAUUCAUAAUUUCAACUUGUGCAUGAUCCAAGAAUAACAAAAAAAUUAUCGUUAUUAUCAUUGAGUCGGUAAUGACUGCACCCUAGGACGCUGAUACGCACGUUGAUUCUGCCUGUAGCGACCGACCGGUAGGAGGGAACUACGCAACUACAAUAAUAUAAAUCAACGUUUUUAUAACGAGGCUCUUAAAUUUAUAAAAAUACAUCACAUAUUAUGUAUGUAUGCCGGUCGAAUUACCGAUCUACUUCAGUAUUAGUUUGUUGUGUCCGGUCGAAAGUUUCCGUUUGCGUUUUACUCGUGCAGUGAACUAUUAUUGGACAUUUGUCAACGGGCCACAACUAUAGGCGUACCUAUAGUUAGUUUUGAUAAAAGGUGAUUAAUUUUACUCGAAAUUAAGUUGUGUAGUGCUCGUAGGCCGCAUGUCUGGGCAUAAGACGCUACUUUUUCUAACCGUUCUGGUCUUGGGGACGAGUUGUGGGCCGGCGGGAUGUUCAAAAAUAUUAGCCGUGGUCACGAUACCUGGCAAGAGUCAUUGGAACUUUAUGGGAGACAUACUCAGGACUUUAUCUGGCCGCGGUCAUCAAGUGACAGUUUUCACACCGUUCGCCGCCGAAUGCCAAGAUAACUUCACCGUAAUCGACACGUCCGCCGCCACUCCGGUAAUAUCCAAUCAUCAUUUUUCACUGCCCGAACUGUUAUUUUUGGCCGAGCCGGUCAAUGUUAUACCGUCACUAGUAAACGUGUCGAGAUUUAACUGCGACGCAAUAUACAGCCACGAACAUAUGAAACAAGUGUUAUCCAAAGGUCAGCAGUCGGGCUUCGACGUGGUCAUCACCGAACCGACGAUUUCGGAAUGCGUUUCUUAUGUGGCCACCAAGUUGGGAUUGCCUUUGAUCUAUGUCGUUCCGUCUCCGGAGAUCACUUACAUGACUUGGGACCUAAUGGGGUACGUGGCCAAUCCGACGGUCACCUCUCAUCUGCUAGCCUGGCACGCUGUGCCCAAAACAUUUUCCCAGAGACUACAAAAUAUCGUGUUGGUAGUUCGGACCCACUACAAACGGUAUACCGAGGAGUCGAGGUUCAAAAUCAUCAACCCUUUGCCUUCCGACGACGUGGAACCUGUCAAGUGUUCCCUAAUAUUUUCCAACACACAUUAUAUUACGGAACCGUCCAGACCGUUCCCGCCAAAUUUCAUACACGUCGGCGGUAUUCAUAUAAGACCGGCUAAAAAAUUGCCUAAAGAUAUCUUAGAGUUUAUCGAGAAUUCACCACAUGGAGUUAUAUAUUUUACGUUUGGAUCUGUUGUAUCAAUGUCGACGUUGCCAGAAAACCUGCUAAAUGCAUUUAAAGAAGCACUGGCCCAAGUACCUCAACGAGUUUUAUGGAAAUAUGAAGGCGAAAUGAAAAACAAACCAGCCAAUGUAAUGACAAGCAAGUGGUUUCCACAACGCGAUAUAUUGUUGCAUCCGAACGUAAAGCUGUUUAUAAGUCACGGUGGUAUAUCUAGUGUAUACGAAGCUGUAGACGCCGGAGUUCCAGUACUUGGUUUCCCACUGUUCUACGACCAACCGAGAAACAUUGCGAAUUUGGUGGACGCCGGGAUGGCUUUAUCGAUGGACUUGUUUACCGUGUCCAAAGAACCGUUUUUGAACGCUGUGCUAGAACUCAUCAACAACCAAAAUUAUACCAUAAAUGCUAAAAUCACAUCAGAACGAUUCAAAGACCGGCCAAUGACACCUGCCGAGUCUGUCAUCUAUUGGACGGAAUACGUUCUACGUCACAAAGGAGCGCCUCAUUUAAGGUCGCAAGCUUUAAAUUUGACAUGGUAUCAGUAUUAUUUACUGGACGUGAUAGCCGCGAUUUUAGUAAUAUUAUCCGUUAUAUUAUAUGUUAUUUAUAAAACGCUGAAAGUUAUCCUACAAUUUGUAUUAAAACGUCCGAACAAACUGAAAUCGAAAUCUGAGUGAAAAAAAAAUGUGAAUUACAAACAAGGUUUUAUAAUUGUUAAAUUCAUCUGUAACGAUCGAAAUCCAUAUAUAAAUUGUAAAUCUUGUAUAUUGAUACGAACUAUAGUUAUAAUGACGUUAAAAUAAUUAACUUACAGUUUGUAAAAUUGUAAUAACUGUAUAGACGAAUUUGUUGUUUAUUAGUUGUGUUUAACAUAUAUAUUGUAACAAAUUACUACACAAAUAAACUAACAUCUUGCGAAGAAGACGUCACACAUACUACUUUUUAAGGCGUUUGGUAUAGGCAACUAAACUUUUUUGAAGAGAUUUCUAAUUAUUUUAAAAUUCAUUUUUUUUGUCUCAUUUAACUUAGUCUAAAUUAAAAAAUAGUUUGAAUACUUAAGAGAGUACAGUAACCUUGGUUUGAUCAUUUUAUUAAUGCCAACAUCAUGUGCUUAGAGAGGUGUUUACGGAUUGAUAAUAGAUAUUUUCGCACCUAAAAAAAUAGUAUGUGUGGUGUCCUCUUAAAAUAUUUCAUACCAUCUUAAAUGAAAAAUCAUUAUAUAUUCUUGUUGUAAUAUUAACAAUAUUAAUAUAUUAUGUUAAAAUGCAUAUUAAAUCCACUUGCUAAAAUUAUAAUAAUACAUUUUUUUUACAAUUGGAGUCGGACAUUAUUAUUUAAAUACAAUUGUAAGUGAACAACAUAUCAUUCUAACAA